UCGGAUAGACCUUAUGACUUUCCAGGUCCGACGAGGAUGGAGUUCGGCCUCUGCUAUGAACUCCUGGAACGAGGAGCUCCGGAGUUCAAGCAGGCAGGCCCGGACCUCACGGCUCAGGGCGUUGUACCGGGCCUUGAUGAAGGGGUCCCGAGUACGCUGCCAAAGUUUCCUGCUACGGUUUUUCUUCCUGAUGAGGGUGACAACCUCGCCAGGAAGACUAUGCUGCUUGCAGAUGUUAGGAGUUCAAAAUCCUGCACCGCAAAUCGGUGGUUUCCAUUAAAUAACGGAAUUGCAACCAGUUGGUUUUCCUCUUACGAGGCUCCCACUGGCAACAAUUCUCGUUAAGUGCA